CACAAACAACAAGAUAACAGACAGACAGAAAAGAUAAAUAGACAGAUAAACACGCAGACACACAGACAAAGAGCGCGCCAAAAACAGACAGACGGAGGCAGAUGGCGAGGGGCAGCCCAGCGCGCGUCCCGCCAAAAGGGCGCCGCGCCAGUCAGUCACCCGCGGGCCUUCGCAGCCUCAGGUCGUGUCCGGGGGAGCUCUCGCCUUCGGCCGCCAGCGCGCGAAAACCACGUGACCUCUCGCUCCCGCCGCCGGCGGCGCAGACUCUCCCCUGGGCGCCGUGGGCGUGGUGGGCGACAGCAGCAUCAGCGCCCUCAGCGUGGCGGCGGGCGUAGACGCGGGCGAGGGCGCGAGGGGGGCGCCGCAGCAGGGGGGUAAGCGGACUAUGGACUUUCUGAACCGCGGCAAAAUGGCGACCAAAGGCAAGCUCUCCAAGAUGAUCUACGUGAAGCCCUACGAGCACUCCGAGGAGGACUCGGACAAGGAGGGCAAGGAGGACAGAGUGGAGGACGAGGAGGACGCCCAGAGCGAGAAGGAGAACCUCUCGGACUUCCUCCUCCAGCAGCAGCAGCAGCGGAGGACGCCCGCGGACCUACCCCGGGCGCGCUCCCUCGAGCAGUUCCCGUCGUCCGGCCUGAGGGGGUCCUCGGGGGCCACGGACGCCUCGGGGGGAGCGAGGAGGGGGUCCUACGAGAAGCCCCGAGGGAGGUCCCUGGGUACCCCGACGACCACGCUCACGCCCACGCCCAUCGCCUCGGGGACGAUCCACGCGUCGCCCAUGAGACGGAGACUCAACUGGUGAUGGGCGGAGCAGGGCGUCGAUGGGACAGGAAACCCAGGCAGUGACACUGAGGGGCGGGAGGACACUGAUGCCCAGCGCGAAGGAUCACACCAAUGCAGUGACAGAAAAAAAUACCACGUGAUGCCAUUGCAGUGACGACAAACAGUGAGAAAAGACAGUGCCGAGCGCGAGAGAUGAUACCAAUAGUGACAGAAAAGCAAUGAAAGCGAACAGUGCCACGCGCAAAGGGUGAUACCAAUGCAGUGACGACAAAGUGCAAAAAACAAAGCCAUGCGCCAGAAAAUGACACCAAUACGGGGACGACAAACAGUGAACAAUGAACCCCGACUAAGCGAGGAACACUGUACAGACACAAAGUUACGACAGUGACAUUUACGAAGGAAAGGAACGUGAUAUUAAAAUGACAUGUUCAUGACACUUUCCUCUCGUGGAUGUGUAAAAAGUGCGAUUACUUGUAAAAAAAAAUAUAUAUAUAUAUCUGUGUCCGAACAAAGAAGUAACAAACCAAACUAAAUUUACCAAAAAUAUAUAUUCGUUGGGUAAGAAAAUAAAAAUUAUGAACAC